GCGGGAGAGGCCCAGAAUGUAAGCUUCAAGCACCUUUUCAAAACCUCCCGCGCCAUGCUGGAUCGUCCUUUCCGACCUCUUGGAUGUGGAAGAUCGUCCAUUCUUCUCCUCUGGAGCUUGGCGGCGCCCAGUAACGAAAAAGCAAGCGAAGAUGGUGGCCGGCAAGGGUCAGCGCAUCCGGUUGUACGUCCGGGGGAUCGUUCUCGGAUACAAGAGAUCGAAGUCGAAUCAGUACCCUAAUACCUCUCUUAUUCAAAUAGAGGGUGUGAACACCCGCGAGGACGUGGCAUGGUAUCAGGGUAAACGUCUCGCUUACGUCUACAAGGCAAAGACGAAGACGAAGAAGAAUGACUCCAAGUACCGAUGUAUCUGGGGCAAGGUCUGCCGGCCUCACGGCAACACGGGCGUUGUUCGUGCUAGAUUCAAGAGCAAUCUGCCGCCCAAAUCCAUGGGAGCGAAGGUGCGUGUUAUGAUGUACCCUAGCCGGAUCUAGAAAGGGAGAGUGCCCAAGUUCGCCUUCAACUAGGCUGUCUCGACGGCUGAGAGGAGAGGCUGCUGCUAAGAUGCUCACAGACAUGCAGUGUAUAUUGAGAGUUGAGUUGUAGUCCACGCCGUCUGCAGCCGUAGCUUGGUUGUUGUUUUUUGACAUGGCCACUGUCGCGUACGAGUUAUUUUGAAUGAUAUCUUUUUCAGACUGUGUCGUGCGGCGGUCUCUCUUCCUCUACUUCUGCCCUCCAGUCGGUGUGUCCAUUGAUGCAGUUUACUUUUUCUCACUAUGUAUGUUGACGUUGUGGUCUGUUAAUCUUUCCUUCCUGGAUCUUUUCAGACUGUGUCGUGCGGUUGGUGCCGUCUUUGUCAUCAUCCUUCCAGAUGGUGUUUGUCUGUGCAUCUCUACUUGCUCCCUUUGAAUGUCUGUUGACGUUGCUGUCUGUUCAUCUUUCUUUCAUUGACGAGGAACAAUAUCUUUUGGAUUAAAAUCACUUGAGGAAUGCUGUAAUCUCCUCACUGUUGUUCCUCGAAGUAACUGUCGUUGACGAAGAAUACUGUCUUGUGUGUGCGAGAGAGAGAGAGAGAGAGAGAGAGAGAGAGAGAGAGAGAGAGAGAGGGUGUGUCGAACAAAGACAGAUCGAGGACUGUGGCAAUGAUGAAUAGGGGGAGGAGAUGAAACCAUGGAGAAUCAGAUCGAGUUUCUUUCCCUAUCAGUGGAAGGCCAAAGUUGCCGAAAAGAUGAAAAAUACUGAAAUGGAAUGCGGAAAAAAAACGGCAAACGGUGGUUCGUAACCUUUCUUCAGUCCGCAAUUCUUUUGCUGCAAGCUUUAAAUCUCUCUCUCGGUGUCCCUCUCUCUCUCUCGUUGUCCCCAUAUCGUUUCCAUUUGAUUCCAUGGGGAUUCUAACUUGUGUCCAUAAGUAUUUAAUAGCUGGAGGUGUGUUACCAUUCAGCCACAUAGAAUUAGGGCAUACCCUCUAAAAAAAAAUAAAAGAAAUCGUUGCUUUCCAAGAGAAGCGUUUGUUGUAUCUCCGUGGCCAGUAACCUGCAGUGAGCAUCUACAGUCCGCCUCUCGUUCUCUCCGAUCUGUAUAAAUCUAUGCAUCUAACCUGUCUCUCCAACCUCUCUCUCUCCCUCUCUGUCGUUAUGAUGCCCCCACAUCGUUUCCAUCUGAUCCCAUCGGGAUUCGAACUCAUGUCCAUCAAGUAUUUGACAGCUCGAGGUGUGUUUCCAAUCAGCCACAGGUAAAAAAAAAACAUAGACGACAAUCGUUGCUUUCGUUGCCUCCUGAAAUAAGCGGUCGUUUUAUCGUCCUUCCUCCUCCCCCUCUACCAUCUUUCACCUGGUAGAAGCAAGCUCUUUAUGAGCUUGGGCAACCUUUCAAUCUGGGGUAAUGACCGUGCGCGUUCUAUCAGGGGGAGGAGGAUACGUUCUGGAAACGUCGCCUUCCCCCCUCCGGCUGGCUGCUCCCUUGGUCGCGGCUUCAUUCCCCCUGGAACAUCAACUCUCAUCGUCUUUUUUUCCCCGUCUCUUGUUCACCAUCCCAUAACUCUGCCCUUCCGUCUCCAUCAUCGGUAGAUCUGUACUCCGUUUGAUCGACUAAUGUUCGAUCGCAUGUGAAUAUCGUUGUCGCUUUUUUGGCACUGGCUGGCUGACCCUGACGCGCUUUGGAGUGACGCCAGAACAUUUCAACCUCAUCAGGGGGACAGGUCGACGCUGUGUUAACCCGAGUUAUUUCUCUACUCAGCCUCGUUGAUGGAGAGACACCACGCCGACCCAGGUUUCGAUUGUAGGUGGAAUCAGAUGAACAGAACAAAAGAAUUCUUGAUUUUUCUGGGUCGGAUCAGUUAAAUGGCGAUAGCUCAAGGUCGGGGGGGGAGAUGAUGAUCCCCACCCAGAUGCUUGAAAAACGAAGCCACCUAGGAUUUACCUUAGGUCGGUUGGUACGCCCAUCAACUGUCGAGAUAUAAAGACCCCCUAGUUCGAAGCCAUCCUUGUAUUAGUUGUUACGCUCAUGAACUGUCUAGAUAGACCCCCUCGUGCGAAUCCAGACGCAAUCGGACGAACAGGAUAAAAAUAAAGUAAAUCUGCUGAGUUUCAGACAAGGAUAUAUAGAGGACGUCGCCCUCGACAAACACGUCGAAACGAAGAAGAGAAAAGGAAAGAAGGGGGAUGAGGAACUGAGGGAAAGAAACAACUAGCAAAACUUUUCUCGGAUUCUUGGUCUCGUUAAUCAACGAUGACGAAUGGAGAGGAGCCGUGUUACGUGAGAUCUUGGUCAUUGCUCCGUUACACACCGAAUGUGCAAAAUGAGAAUGAAUCUUCCGCUAGAACAUUGGAAUAGACAUCGUCAUAUUUCGUCUUUUGUGCAUGUGUCGAGUAGUGGAGCGAGGCCCCUUUCCCCGGUUGUUCUGCCGUUCGAAGGUCUGUGCCAUCAUGUCAGCAUGUCCGACUUAUCUGUUGAGGUCACUGCCGCAUCGCUGAAGCAGGUUGAAUGCGACAACAAAACGAUUUGAUGUAUGUAGUGCUACUUAGUUUGUAUAGGGUGGCUGAAGAAUUGUGGCGUACAAGCAUGUGGGGCAUGCAGGUCAUUGACGGUUUAGGAAACUUGAGAUCUGCUAGUGAUGACGUAGUCUGCCCGGUCAUUGACGGUUCAGGAAACUUGAGAUCUGCUAUUGCUAACGUAGUCUUCCCCCCAUCGCCGCCCUCUGCGUACAGCGUACGACCUUCCUGCUUACCGUCGUCCGUCCCCUGAAGAGAACGCACGACUACUACUGUUGUAUCGUGGAGUGAAAGCCGGUCCAAAUACAGCAGGUUCUUAUUACAGUAGUAUCAUCGAGUGAAAGUUGGUCCAAACAAAUGCGGAUGUAUACG